GACGAAAAAUGGUGGCGUCAAAGAUAGCAUCUGUCUCGAAACCCACUAUGCCUUGCUUUCCAUCCACCUUUCCAUAAAUCCCACGCAAUAGCCUACACUUAUUGAUUGCUUUAUCCUUACGACCAUACUGUCUUUCAAGUUGCGUACACACACAAAUUACCACAAGGAGGGAAUCUUGAUCAGAUGAAUCGAGGGUGUUCCAAAAAAUUUGAGCUUUCUGCAAUUUAAGGUGGUGAUUCAUGGAUUAAUCAGCACUUUCUUGAAGAUGAAGAUGAAGAUGAUGGCUUAUUCCUUUUGAUUUAAACAGACAGACAGACAGACAUCUAGUUGUAGUUGUAGUUGUAAUUGUAUAGCAUUGAUGAUGGUUGAUGAGGUGGCCGUAGCGAGAGGUUCCGUUUUCUUCUAUGGAGUCGGUCAUAUGCUCAAUGACAUAACCGCCGCCUGCUGGUUUACUUAUCUCUUGGUGUUCAUAACAGAUAUCGGAUUAUCCCCCAGGGAUGCUGCUACUGUCAUGCUUUCUGGUCAGAUAGCUGAUGGAUUCACAACCAUAUUUGCUGGUGAACUGAUAGACAGAUUUGGACAUUUUAAGGUAUGGCAUGGAGCCGGGUCGAUUCUGGUAGCCGUUUCAUUCUCCUCUGUGUUUGGAGGCUGUGUUCCUUGUAUUAUUUUCGGCAAUGAAUCCAGUUCGUUGCAAACAAUUGGUUACAGUUUUUUUGCAGCGGUCUUCAACGUCGGAUGGGCUGCUACCCAAGUCUCACACAUGUCUAUGGUGAAUUGCAUCACUCUUAAUUCGACCAGCAGGGUAGUGUUGACCAGUUGUCGGAAUGCGUUUUCGAUGGUUGCAAACCUCAGCUUAUAUGCCAUUGCCUUCUCGGUCUUCCAUAUUCGCCCUUCUAAAACCACUUCCGACGUUGAAAAUCAGUAUCGUUGGAUUGCAUACUCAUCGAUAUUUAUUGGAUGCUGCUUUGUGGUCGUAUUUCACAUCGGCACGAAAGAGCCAAGAUUGAAGGAAGAAUCUCGAGGGCAUGGGUAUGAAAAGAUAUCAUGGACUUUCUGGUUUAAGAAAGUUCUAUACUAUCAGGUUGCUAUUGUCUAUAUGUUCACCAGGCUAAUUACCAAUGUUUCACAGGCAUUCCUUGCAUUCUAUGUCAUCAACGAUCUACGAAUGGCUCAAUCUUCUAAAGCAUUGAUUCCGGCCAUGAUCUACAUUUGCAGCUUCAUCGUAUCCAUUAUACUACAGGAGCUCACUUGGACCGGCCAACGCUUGAAAGCCUUCUUUUCAGUUGGAGGUGUUUUGUGGAUCCUUUGUGGAUCAGCAAUCUUCUUUAUGCCAAGAAGCAUGAAGGAUGUCAUGUACUUUCUUUCAUUACUCAUCGGCAUUGCGAAUGCUCUUAUAACGGUCACUGGAGUAAGCAUGCAAAGCUAUCUGGUAGGUGAAGACGUCAAAGGCUGUGCGUUUGUUUACGGAUCAUUGAGUUUUCUUGACAAGAUGUCGUGUGGGAUUGCUUUGUGGGCACUCGAAUCAUAUCAAAGUACGUCUGGACCCUUGCAGGAUUGCAGGCCAGUGUAUACAUGUUUUUCGGUUUCAAGAUACGGGUUGGGUCUUGUUCCGGCAAUUUGUGCACUUGCCGGAGUGAUUGUGACAUGUACCAUGAAGCUCGAGAAGCCCCGUUUAAAGCCUCUGAGGGUGCCUCUUUUAGAAUAGCUCGAUACCACAAAAUAGUGAAUGUUCUUGGCCUCGUACAUUUCAUAUAUUCCUCAGUUUUUCUUUUAAACC